UCGGUCGCUCGUUUGAUCUUAAAUAGAGAGAUGAAUCAUUUUAACAUUCGAAAAAGAGUGAUCGUCCUCACUGUGACUGUACCUUACGUUUCAAGUUUUGCUAGAGGCUUUACUUCCAUCCACGUAAGGCACGGUACAUUACUCGUUGCUAUUCUCGAGGAUAUCCAUUACCAACACUAUCGCAAACAUAUGAGUAAAAAACCGUCACGCUGAAAUAGAAGUCCUUCAUGCUUUGUGUUAGUGACGUAAACAUCGUUGUGUGUACCUGAAUACAUAUCCUGCAGCAGCAGUGAAGCAUAAAGAAGAGCACAAAACUAUGUUCUGUCUCUGUCGCACUCACGCCUAAUCCUUCAUCGUUGUGUCGUCGUCGUAUUGUCGUCGCAGGUACACGAUAAGCUGUGUUGAGCUGUUUUGCCUCGCUUCGCCGUGCGUUACCGCGAACUUAGUCAGAACUUCAGUGACGCUUCGACGAGUAGACACGCUAUCAUUGCUCUGCCGCUACGCUGCUACUGCAAUACCGCGACCACACAAUCAAAACCACAAUAUAACCGACUAGUUGGUGGGCCUGAGUUUUCAUCUGAAAGCCAAGAAGCCACCGAGUUCGUACGCUACGUCAUAAGGAGGGAUCGUGGAAAAAGUGAGAUUUGUUCAAAGUGUUUGGUGUUUGCGUGUUGAACUUCGCCACAAAAUGAGCAUGAUGGAUGUUGUCGGGCUGCGUAACGAUGUUAGCAACGAGCUGGAGGCACUCGACGUAAACGACGCGCUUGGAUCUCGUAAAGUAUACGAUCCGGCGUUCGAUCAUCGCAUGCGGGCGCGAAUGCCGGUUGAUCGGUAUGCCGCCGAAUAUAAUAUGGAACACAAGCGACGCGGCCUGGCGCUCAUCUUCAACCACGAGAACUUCGAUGUGCCGCAGCUGAAAGCGCGCGCGGGAACCAACGUGGAUUGUGAGAACUUGUCCACCGCACUAAAGGCACUCGACUUCGAGGUGCAUGUCUACAAGGACCUUAAGCUGCGCGAUUUGCAGAAGGAAGUCGAGCGAGUCGCCCAAAUGGAUCACAGCGAUGCCGACUGCAUACUGGUGACGAUCCUGUCACACGGUGAGCUGGGCUACCUCUACGCAAAGGACUGCCAGUACAAGCUAGACGUCAUCUGGUCGUUCUUCACCGCCAACCACUGCCCAUCUUUGGCCGGCAAGCCGAAGCUGUUCUUCAUACAGGCCUGCCAGGGCGAUCAGCUGGACGGUGGCGUCGUGCUGGCCCCGAAGGAUCGCACUGAAACGGACAGUUCGUCCUCGAUGACGUUCAAGAUACCGACGCAUGCCGAUUUCCUGAUUGCUUACUCUACCAUCCCGGGCUUCUACUCAUGGCGCAACACGCAGAAAGGCUCUUGGUUCAUGCAGUCGCUGUGCCACGAGCUAACACAGCACGGUCGAAAGUACGAUAUCCUAACCUUGCUCACGUUCGUUGCGCAGCGUGUGGCUUACGACUUCGAGUCCAACACGCCCGACAUUCCGAUGAUGCACCAGCAGAAGCAGAUCCCUUGUGUGACCACCAUGCUGACGCGUCUCCUGCGCUUCACUGACAAGAAGUAAAGCAGCCCUGAGUCGACAGAACAAUCGAGCAGACUGAUCGGUUCCUCGAUUUCGAUACCAAUGGGGCGGGUUGCGUGAUUACAACUAAAUUUUACUUUAAUUUUAAACUUUUUCGUCAUCGGAUGUUUCAGUUUUGUUUCGUUUCGAUUCCAGGAAACAGGGCCACAUGCCACUUCCUUUCCAAAAUGCAUUAGAUUGGCUUAGUAGGCAAAACUUAUUCUACUCUAAAAACGAGAAAUAACUUGUUUUUUCAGAGCGUUUCGUUUAGUUUCAAUGUGAGACUUUUUCAUGGGGAGCUCACGAUUAGAUUAGUAAAUAGUUAUUGAUUUACUCCCUUCGAAGUUUUCAACGUCGGCUGUCACGUGAAUGUUGAAUGUUUACAGUUUCGGUCAUCGUUUACCGUAGUCCAAUAACGCACCACCUAAUUGAUGCGAGGUGCAACCUAAAGUAAAGAUAACUUACGACAUCCGAAAUAGCUGAAGCUAUUCUAUGGAUUUCCAAGUGUCGUUUAAUGGAUUAAGAUUAGAGCAAACAUUUUCAAUACAUUCUAUAGAUGAUAUAGCAUGGUGCAACUGCGUGCAGCAUGUGCAGAAUCGAUCAAUUUAACUGCAUUAAUUUCGAUACUUUUGAAUUUUUUUUAAACGGUUAUUAAUAUAAUUUUUUUCUUUUUUAAAUAAAUUUUUACUAAUUUUUA